AGUCUCUCAAAUUAGGAGGGUUAUGUGCACAUAAACGUUUCUACUAUAAACAGAAAUAAAGAGAGAGAAAAAAAGUUAGGAUAAAUGUCUUCUCAUUGUACCUAAAGAAACCUCUCAGAGUCAUAGUCUCACCUAUUUAGUGCCUUGAAGGACAUGCCACCGAACGAGGAAUUAAAGUAACACCAUGUGUCAGCUCCAUCAUAAUAAUAAUUAAGCACAUCAUUUACUCAAUUAGCAGAACAAACCCAAAAGAUAAAAAACCUUUGAGCCACUCCAAGCUUCCAUGAUCUAAAAGAAAAAAAAGACUUGGAAGAGAGAUGUCUGCUUCAUCAUGGUUAUAAAAAAGUGCACACCCCAUCAUCAUGUUCUUUACUUACGUACUGGAAUUCUUUUCCUAUAGUCCUCAUAUUGUAUUGUUUCACACUUGGCACAAACACAAGGGGGUUGUGACUGGUGACUGGUGAUUGAGUGUGGGAAUUUUGUCUUUCUUUCUACAGAAAAUAGUUAGUCUUGGGAGCUGUGAGAUCUUAUCUUGUUGUGGUUCAUGUGUGUGUGUUUGUAGCAGCAAAAAGUUUCAUAUGAAUGAAUUAUAACUUUGGAAAGCUACAAGACUUUAGUGGUGGGGGUGCUGUGGAUGUGGUUUCAGUGUUGAAGGACAGAUAUGAUAAUGAUAGAAGCAUGUCAUAAUAAGGGAAUUCAAGAAGAAGAAGAAGAAGAAAAAGAAGAGGGAAUUAAUAGUAGCAGUAGAGUACAAUCCAUGCAUUAAAUUUCUGCUUUUAAUGGAUGAAUUACCUGGCUCUGUGGGCACCAGUGCCAGCUUCAGCCUCAGAUUGGGCCAGGCUAUUUUCUCAUCUUCUUCACUCCUCUUUAUGUCUUUGGGAGUUGAAUUCUACAGCUACACAGCUUUCUGCUAUUUGGUAACAAUUAUGGGAUUGGUGAUACCUUGGAGCUUCACUUUAGCAUUGGUUGAUGGAUAUUCAGUUCUUGUCAAAUGCCCUAUUCGUCAACCAGGAAUUCUCAUGAUUAUUGUUGUUGGAGAUUGGAUAUUAUCAACACUGACAUUAGCAGCAGCUUGCUCAACAGCUAGUGUUGUGGAUCUCUUGCUCCAUUCCCAUGGCAAUUUUUGUCCUCCAAAGCUUUGCAGCAGGUACAGGAUAUCUGCAAUCAUGGCCUUCUUCUCAUGGUUUCUGUCUUUGGCAUCCUCUCUUUUCAAUCUUUGGCUAUUACCCUCUUUGUAAUUUUCCUGUAUAAUAUUAGAUUUCAUUUUUUGGUAUUUUUUAGAUAUACACACAUUCAAUUAUGUAUUCUCAUGUCUGACUUUUGAAUAAGCAAUGAAAAACAAGAUUCUUGGUGCCUCUAA